AAGCCUUAGUUACAAGGUCUUUGAGUCUGGCGGUGUCUGGCAACUCGACUCGCUAACGUAUAUAAAAGCUACUCUGCGGCUCUGGCUCUUCCAUUUUCACUGUCUCCUCAGCAGCCGCCGCUCAUAAACACAGGCUAGAGUGGCGCAGCAAUGAGAGGGUGGAUGACCUGUCUACUGUUGAUGAUGAUGGCGCUGGUGGUGGUGAUGGUGGAGGGCGUCGAGACAGUCCCUUCAAGAUUCGACACCUUUGGAACUCCCGAUGAAGAAGGUCCCCGUCUUAUGGUGCCCCUAUCCCUUCUGAUGCAAGAUGCCCCUGAGGACCCCAGCCUGCCCCUCGCCGCCCUCACGCCCGCUAAGAGAGCAGGGAGGAGGUUCCGGACUGCUUCCAGUAUGAGCGAGUAUCAAGUGUGUAGGCCAAGCAGGCGGGAGAUGUUGGCGCUGCUAGUGGCGCUUCACGAGGUGAGGCAAGGACGCAACACCGGGGCUCUAGUAAGACUCUGCAACACGCACACCCGCCCAGCCUCACUCGAUGCCAACAUUCGCUUCAUGGGGUGAGCCGCGGAACACAACGACACGGAUGGGUGGGUGGAUGGAAUGAUACGAGGAAAGAAUAAGAAAAUGGAUGGAUGGAUGAAAAGAGAAGAAAUGGAAGGAAUGACACGAAGAAAGAACGAGAGGAAAAAUGGAAGGUAUAAUACGAAGAAAUAAGGAGAGGAUGGAUAGAAGAAAUGAUCAAGAAAGAACGAAAGAAUGGAUAGAUGGAUGGAAAGAAGUAAUUGAAGAAACUGUACGAAAAAAAAAGAAGGAAGAAAAAUGUAUGGACGGAAGGAUGAAGAUAAGGAAGAACAGAAGGGACAAGAAAUUCAAAAAAGAAAGGACAAUAGGAAGAAAGACAACACAGUAUGGAUGAAAAAAAAGAAAGUAAGAAAAAAAGAAAAAAGAAGAUGAACGAAGACAAGGAGGAGGAAUUCAAGGGCAACGAGAGAGAGAGAGAGAGAGAGAGAGAGAGAGAGAGAGAGAGAGAGAGAGAGAGAGAGAGAGAGAGAGAGAGAGAGAGAGAGAGAGAUGGGUGGAAACGUGUAAGAGGGAAUAAAGAACAUAAUGAAGGGAAAAUUAAAUGGAGAAAGGGGAGAGAAAUGGGAAGGAGGCAAGGUGAGGGGACCAGAUUGAGGCUUUAUGAUGGAGUGUAUGUAGUGUAGAUACUCUUAUAAAAAAAAAUAAAUAAAUAAUUAAAAAAACACGACCAAGCAAACCAAUCAAAUAUAUAAAUACGUGUUUCUCUAAUGACCCUUAAUGUGUAACAGUAGUAGUAGUAGUAGUAGUAGUAGUAAUGAUAAACACCACCACCGUCAAUAGUGUAAUAAAGUCGUGGUCAAUAUAAUAAUACAUAUGUACAUAUUA